AUGACCCAACAUCGAUCAUGCCAAUGGAUUGUUGAAGCUUCAGGGAUUAGGCCUGAGAAACCUAUGAUAGAACUCCUCGAUUCUCCACCAGCAAUCUCAUGUGUAGAAGUAGAGUCAGUAAUAAACAGCCUUUCAAACAACAAGUCACCAGGGGAUGAUAACAUUCCGGCAGAAUUCCUUAAACAGCUUGGACCAACUGGUGUGAAUAUUAUGAGAAAACUGGUCAGCAAAAUAUACCAUAGAGGGGAGUGGCCUGAAGACUCCCUACUGAGUACAAAGGCAACACAAUGCAGCGACUUCCGCACUAUAAGCCUCAUCGAGAAACAACUUGACGAGUCUCAGCUUGGCUUCAGAAGUGGAAGGGGAACACGGGAUGCCAUCUUUAUGCUGCGAAUUAUGGCUGGACGUUUGAUCGAGAAACAGAAGAACUUGUACCUCUGCUUCAUCGACUACACGAAAGCAUUUGACAGAGUCAAUCAUGCUAAACUGCUUGAAGUGAUAGAAAAGGCAAACAUCCCAGCGCAUGAGAGAAACCUGAUCAGCAAUCUCGAGUUCCUACUUAGAGAAGCGCUGGAGGACUAUGAAGGUGUUUACGUUAAUGGCAUGAACAUCACCAACUUGCGAUACGCGGAUGACACUGUAUUGAUUGCCACGAAUACAACUACCUUGCAAAGCAUGGUUGAUUCUCUAUGUAGAAAAUGCACAGAGUAUGGCAUGGAGCUUAAUGCUAAAGAGACGAAAACGAUGUGCAUCAGCAAACCAGAACCAGAUAAGCUCACCAUCACUGCCAAUGGAAAAAACCUGGAGCAGAAAGCCAAUUAUCUUUAUCUAGGAAGUACCAUAAGCCAGAAUAGCAGAAUAGAUGAUGAAGUAAUGCGAAGCAUUGGGUUGGCCAAAGCGAAGUUCUGGGAAUGCAAAGAGUUCACCAGAAGCAACAUCAACUUGAGAAGGCUGAAGGUCAGCUGGAAGAAGAAGGUUUCCAACGCAGAAGUACUACGGAAAGCCAGAAGUUCUAGAACCCUUCUUUUAUCCAUGAUAAAGAAGAAAAUUAAGUAUGCCGGCCACACUAUAAGAGGAAGUGCCGGAUCCCUCGCAUCUACUCUGCUUGAGGGAAGAAUAGAAGGCUCAAAAUCCAGAGGAAGACCAAGGCGGAAAUGGCUCGAUGAUAUCAAGGAACUGACAGAUCUCUCCGACUACGGCGCCAUCAAACGCCUCGCCGAGAACAGAGCUCCUUGGCGUCCCAUAGUGGCCAACCUUCGAAUCGAAAAUUUUAAAUUACACAGCAAUGAAGCUAUAGCACCUACUGUGUUAUUACACCUAUCGAUUAAGGCCAAUGGGCUGACGCCGAUUGGCUUACUCGUAUUUUGUUAUAGACUCAUCCGUUUCCAAGGUGAAGGACUUCACUGCUUUCAUCGAAAGUCCAACGGACAUGUCAGCACAAUAGUUAAAUCGCGCACGGCGGGAUGGCUGACAGGCAAGGGAUCUGAAGCUUUCAGCCGAGGGAAAAAAGCUUAA